AACGACCUUCCAUAACCGUGCAGUGCGGUCGCGAGCACCAACACUGACACACUGGUCUAGCGCCAUUGAGUCAACAGCGAUGACGUUGUCCUGGUGUCCGAAGAGGGUCUCCACGUACGCGUGCGCCCCGGGGCUAAGGGACCAUGUUUUUAUGGUGCGGUCGAAGGAGGAGGAGAAUAGUUGUUCGCCGGAGCUAGAUGAGGAGAUUCGUCGUGUGAAUGAUAGCCCGCUCACGGCGUCACGGUGUUGAUUGAAAGUCUUCAGAGGGGUGAGGGUCUCCGCGUCCCAUAUUAUUAUGCGCCGGUCCGCGCCUCCAGUUGCUACGAACUCGCCUGAGGGCGACACGGCUACCGCGAGGAUAUUUCCGAUAUGGCCCUGCGGGUUACUUCCUUCAUCGGUUUGCUGUAGUCCCCGAACGGACCUGAUUUUCUUUGGUUUUUUUCUUUGAGGACGCUUCGCUCUCUUUGAUUCUCCGUUGGUAAGAUGAGCUGUUUGUUCUGUAGGUGGGCUAGGGUAUGGGGUCGCCAGCUCCCAUUUUAUGAGCGUCUUGUCUUUGGAGACUGUAUAGACGAAAGGUGAAUGUACCGCAAUUGCAGUGGUACUUUGUGUAUCCGCACGAAAGAAUGAAUGCGACGCUGUAGAAAAAGACAAUUGCGAGCUUAUUUGUCGAUAUAUCCGUCCCUUCAAUUCAUCCUGGAACAGCGAAAAGAUUAUCAGCAUUUAUACACACAGAGAUAGUUUGUUCUUUCCUUUAGCUAGAGGUAAAACCUACCACAUCCUCUUUCAACCUCUCCGCAAUCAAGUCCCGGUCAAUGUCAGCAGCAUCAAAGCCAACCUCGUCAACCUCUUCUCUUAUAUUUUCCAGAUAUCGCUCCGCCAGUCUCAACCUCCGGUCAGCUGCAGUCUCGUCUUCCGACUCCUCCUCCGAACCCUCGUCCUCAAUUGACGCCUCACUUUGGGAGAAGUCAUCGUCAUCAGAUUCGCUUCCAGAUAUCGACUCGUCCCUCAAUUUUCUCUUGUCUCGCUGGUCAGCAUCCUGAGCGCCUUUUCCGCCCCCCUUUGCUGAUACCCCCCUCUUCUUUGACGCAGGUGCUACACCACCAUCGUCUCUCUUCCGCUUACGUUGGGAAGCUGGUAGCGUGAAGAAAGAAGACAUAGCGCAAGCCUAGCCCCGAGUAAAGGGCAGCAAAUUGGAAAAUAAACAAAGGAAAACAACAACAACAAAAAAGCUGCUGUUUAACCCUGGUAUACAAACGAAAACACCUCCUCUCACACAAAAUUUGGAACUUUUUUUCCAUGCUUGGAGUUUGUUCUGUUUGCAUCUUACCGAAGUCUUGGCAUUUAACUUACCCCGGAGUCGGAUAAAUAUUACGCCUAAGUCCAAGAGCCAACCCUUCCUGAUUAGGUAAGGUCAAGGCGUCAAGCUCACGCGUGUCUUCCAGCACAGCUACACCUCAUACAGCAAUAUGAAAGAGCAUCAGAUACCCAGAUACCCACCCGGACAACUGAACAGAACAGGAACAGAAUAGCAAUCAUUUACCAGCUUCGAGGACCAUAAGUUACGUCUAUACUCGGACACAGCAGCAGACAUCAUAACAUCAUGGAGGUCCUGCUUGGUAUUACCGGCAAGGACUUUACUCUCAUUGCGGCCUCCAAAGCUGCCAUGAGAGGAGCUACGAUUCUUAAAGCUUCUGACGAUAAGACCCGAGAGCUGAGCAAACAUACCCUCAUGGCAUUUUCAGGAGAAGCUGGAGACACAGUCCAAUUCGCCGAAUACAUCCAAGCAAACGCCCAACUAUACUCCAUGAGAAAUGAAUCUGAACUCAGUCCAUCCGCGGUCGCCAGCUUUGUACGGGGCGAGCUUGCCCGUAGCCUACGAUCAAGACGACCUUACACCGUAAACCUCCUGCUAGGCGGUGUGGAUCCCCUCACGGAGAAGCCCAGUCUGUACUGGCUGGACUACCUGGCGGCCCUCGCUCCAGUUCCAUAUGCUGCACAUGGCUAUGCCCAAUACUACUGCCUAUCGAUUCUCGAUAAGCACCAUCACCCCGAUAUCACGCUGGAGCAGGGCUUGAAACUUCUCGAGAUGUGCACAGAUGAACUUAAGCGGAGAUUACCAAUCGACUUCAAAGGAGUAUUGGUGAAGGUUGUGAAGAAAGAGGGGAUCGAAGAAGUGCCGUUUGAUAACAGUAAACAAGUUGUUAGCGCAUAGAUUUGAAUAUUGAUUUUUGUUUUGAAUGGCGAUGUGAUGUAUCAUAGCACUUCUUUUAAUGACUUUUGCUUUGAAAUGACCUUUAACUGCCAUCGCGGCCCAUGACUUUACUCUAUAGUUCGUGUGUAUCAUAUCUGUAAAAUUGUACCUAUAUGGCGUAGCGGACGGAGAGACAAGUCCUGGGACGGGACGCGCGCUUGAAAUGUUUGCUCUGUUUGCAUCACCUCCA